AUGAUGAACCUCGCCGCUAAUCAGGUCGCUUUGAUUCCGAACGGCAUCGCAGCAGCACAGAGCGGGCCGACUUCCCUCCCGCAGCUUCAGCUCCUUCGCGCGCUGGCGGCGACUCAGAUCGCCAACGCCUCCGUCAGCGCGGGCCCGCAGACUUCGCUCUCGAGCCGCGGAUCGAAGCGAAGCGCCAAGGACGAUAGCAAGACGCUGCGCCCGCGUAAGCGUGGCCGGCCUUCGUACAAAGACCGCGCCGCCGCGGCUCUUGCGGCGGAGGAAGCGGCGAAGGCGGCGAAAGCCGCUGCGCUGGCGGAACGCGAUAUUCUCCUCCGCCAGAUCGCCUCGCAAAUGGCGCCGCAAAUGUCGCCGCAAGGAGCGCUUAUGCUUCUGCAGCAACAGAUGGCGUUGCAACAACUGGGGAUGCUGGGAGCCAACCAGAUCGGCGGAUUCCCCGCCGCAAUGUGCGCUGCACCGCCUGCGCUCGCGCAUCUGAGCGCGGGAAACAACGGCGUGACCGCCGCGGCAGCCAUGGAUGCGGCUCGACAAAUGCCGACCGGUGCCGACAAGAUCGCGGAUCGUGUGGCCUCCGGAGCCGCUAGCCGUCAAUUCUGCACGUCGGACGUGGUGGACGGUUCCGCGUGGGACCAAUCGCGGCUGUUCGCUGUGACGGCGAACGAGACCCAUCGGCAGCGCACGGAGGAUGUCGAUACACAUCGACACACGGACGGCCAUUCGGGUGACGAAAACGAGAGCGACUUUAACGGAGAUGCCUCGAGCUGGCCCCGGCGAGGUGGGAAGCAGACAAAGACUCGUACUCACGAAUCUUCGCCGAAGCCUCUGGUCCGUGCGGGGGGUUCUUCAGUCACAGAAGACGGUAACCAAGCAGCCGUCGCGGCCGCUGCGACCAAUCAAGCUGUACCAAGUGGCAUCUUCAUGGCGCCGCCGCCGUCCAAGGGUGCCGCCGGCCCUGGAGCCAUGCCGGCCCUGGAUUGGAUGUUCUCUAAGGAGACGCGCUUCGUGCAACCCGCGCCUAAGGACGACUUGGAAGAGCAUGCAGAUGAGCACGUGCCUGCCGCCCCUGCUGUACCGGCUCGUCUGGCUAUUCUAUCCGUACCUGCAGGUUCGGAAGGGCGCACAGUGCCUUCGCAAGGUAGAAGCAGCGACGCUUGUGAGGAGAAGAUGAGGGAGGGUGGGAGGUUGGCAGAGGAGCAGGGGCACGGGGAGGGGAGCGAUGAGGCGGGAAGGCAAGCAGAUCGAAGAGUCGUUGAUACGGUGGAUUCCGUGAGGGAGGGAGGGAGGGUGGAAAUUGAUGUGCGUGAGGGCGACCUGAGAGAGGAGAGGCAUGGUGGGGCGGGAGGGAGUGAGGAGAUUGGGAUGAGGGGACAGGCGAUGGGAGUGGAGGGCGUUGGGGUGAAGAGACCGAGGGAGGUAGCAACGAGGGAUGCGUUGCUUCUGGGAGCAGUAGGGGUGAGAGGGAAACGCGGAAUGAGAGUUAAGAGGAGGGCGAGGAGGUUUGUGUUGGAUUCGGAAGAGCCGGAAGACGAGUGGCAGGAGGAGGAGGAAGAAGAGGAAGAGGAAAGGGAUGAAGAGGAGAAGGAGGAGGAGGAGGAGGAGGAGGAGGAGGAGCGGGAGGCGGGUAUGGAGGAGGUGGUGGUGAGUCUGACGGGGUACGAAAGACUCGCGCGGUCGUCUGUGAAGCUCAUGAUUCAAGCCUCAGGGGCACGGCUCACACGCGACUUCACCCCACAUAACAACACACACCUGGUGCGUUGUGCUGCAACCUUCAAGUCAAACGGAGACGUCUCACCUGGUAAUUUAAUGUCCCUGCCAGCAUGUGCUCCCUGGUGCAUAGUGUUGCAGGUAUUUGCAGAGUUCCAUUUCUCAUCCCGCCCCACCACUCUGCAUGCCUGCAUGCCUGCCUGUGGGCCUGCCUGCAUGCCUGCCUGCGUGCCUGCCUGCGUGCCUGCCUGCGUGCCUGCCUGCGUGCCUGCCUGCGUGCCUGCCUGCGUGCGUGCAUGCAUGCGUGCCUGCAGGGGGGACAGCGAGGGCGCAGUGUGGGUGGUUAACCACCGGUGGCUCGAGGACUGCUUGCUCUACUCCCAGCGCGUCCUUGAAGCUCCUUACACCCUCCUCCCGUACGUGGUGCAUGUUUGGGGCGAUGCAGUGGGCCCUCCGUGUCUCUUCCCGCCACCACCAUGUGCUCCUCUGAUCACCACACCCACCUUACCACCUGCACCAUCACAUGACACCUUACCACCUGCACCAUCACAUGACACCUUACCACCUGCACCAUCACAUGACACCUUACCACCUGCACCAUCACAUGACACGCUGCUGCGUGCCCUCCCGUCCGUUGCGCCACCACUGCCACCUGUCCCUUCCCAGCCUGCCCAUACACCUCCCCAUGUCACCCAACCAAACACCAUCGCUCCACCAUCACUACACCACCCAUCAACCCUCCCAGGGCCCCCACCCCCGCCUCCUCUUCCCCCAGACGAACCGGCUGUUUUUCCCCUGGUGGCACCGCCGGCUCUUUUCUCAGUGGGCGACUGCAAGGCAGGCACAGCAGAGGAAGGGGUGCGGACUGAAGCAGCGAUUAGGCAGGAAGAAGAGAAACCGCUUGUUAUGCCACAGGCAGAAGCCAGGGUUCUCGUGUCAAGAGAAAAUGUUAUGGAAGAUGUUGGGAGAGGGUGGGGUGGUGGUGCGGGAAGCAGCGGGCUGAGGGAAAACAGCGGUUCGGUGGCAGGCUCGACAGACAACAGAGGCAAGGAUUUGGUUGGGCGAGGUGAGGGAGCUGGAAUGGCGAGGCGCUUCGCUAAGAGCAGCCCCUUCAAGAGGAGAAGGCUGCAGGGUAAGGAGAAUGUCCCAGAGGGGUGUGCAGAGGGGCAUGGAGUGAGCAAGGGUGGUGUGGUGACAUGGGCCUCCCCGUCGCCCUCUCAAACCUCCUCCCCGUCUAAAUGCCUGUAUGAAGGGGUGGGGGAAGACGGCAUGUGGCCGUCGAUUCAUCUGGGGUCUCCUGUUCCCCUCUCACUGCUGCCGUCGCAGCCUGCUCCUGAUGUCUUUCAUGUUGUUCCUGAUUGUUCUCAGGUUGCUCCUGUUUGCUCCCAGGUUGCUCCUGAUAGUGCUCAGGUGAAAACAGCAGAGGAGAGAAUAGGGAGCGAGGAGGAGAUGAGAGAAGGGAUGGACGCGCAAGGGAGGGGUCCGGAGGGGGAGGAGAAGAAAGGAACGGAUUCUGGAGGGAGGAAACGAGGGGUGGGGGAGAGGAUGGAAACGGAUGCUAGACGUAUGGAGGAGGAAGAAGAAGAGGAUCUCAAUUAUAGAAUCUUGCUGUCUCCUGACAUUGGGGGGAGUUCCCACUAUAGACCACCACUUGACUGCACGCACGGCCAGCUGGCAUCUGAGGAUGCAGGAGGAAACCCAAGGGCCCUGCUAUCGGUCGCUGCUGCUGCUGAGAAUCUUGAAGAGGAAGCUUGUAACGAGGAUGAGGGGCCUGACAGCUCGUUUGAGCAAGCGCGCAAGCUGCUGGCGUCUCUUUGGAGUCCGAGAGAAGAGGGGGGAGAUGGGGGGAUGCUGGUGGAUAGGCGGAGGGAGCAGCAGGAGGUGACUUUUGUGUUGGCUGAAAAGGCAUGGAGAAGGGAGGGAGCAGAUGGGGAGUUGCUGGUGGAUAGGCAGAGAGAGCAGCAGGAGGUGACUUUUGAGUCGUCUGAAAAGGCAUGGAGAAGGAAGGGAGCGGAUGGAGAGCUGCUGGUGGGUAGGCAGAGAGAAUACGUGAGACAAUGGGAUGCGAAACAGGAAGAAGAGGAUGUGGUGCAAGAGGGUGUGAGAGAAACUGGUGCGGUUGAAGAGGGUGUGAGGGAAAAGGGUGUGCGACAGGAGAGUGAAGAUGUGACACCAAGUGACACAAGAGAGGGGCAUGUGAGGCAGGAGGAGGUAGCAGAAGAGAGCGUAAGGGGAGAGGCAGGAAGGAAAGGCAUUGUUGGUGGGUUGAGGCAAGAGCGAUCAGGCUGUGGUGAUGUGAUUGUGCUCUCGGAUAGUGACAGUGAGAGUGACAGGAGAAGUGGUGGUUGGCAGGUGGGAAAAAGAAGGAAGAGGGGAGAUAAGGGGAGUGGUGGGGCAGGUUCGAGAAGGGUGGGGGCGAGGGAGGUUGAAGAAGAAAGUGAAGAACAGGAGGUUGUGGCUGAGGAGAAAGAGGAAGAGGAGGAAGAAGAGAAGGAGGAGGAGGAGGAGGAGGAGGAGGAAGAGGAGGAAGAGGAGGAAGAGGAAGAGGAAGAGGAAGAGGAAGAGGAAGAGGAAGAGGAGGAGGAUGAGAUUGAGUUCACACAGCGUGUGCCUGAGAACCCCGUAAGGAGGGAUGGCAUGGCAGCUAGCGAGCCAGGGAGAGGUUUCACCCGAGGAGCUGGUGGGGUGAGAGACAGUCACAUGUGUGGAAGCCAGAGGGGACUCGUGAGAGCUCGUGAGGGAGGUGUGGGGCGAAGCACAUGGCACGCUCGGCCGAGCUUUGAGCAGGCGGAUAAUGGAGGGCGAGAUUGGGUAAGGGAGUGUGAGGGGCGGAUGGGGCAGGAGGGAGAGGGUGAGGGGGGAGGGGAGCAGAGAUUGAAGAGGCUGCGCAAGGCAACGUGGAGGAGGGAUAUGUUGCAGAGCAGAGCAGCUGCUGCUGCUUCUGAUGGUGGUGGGGAUGGUGGUAUUGGCAGAAAAUCUGGUAGAGAAUGUGAUAGUGGUCAUGGUAGAUGGAAUGCGGUUGGCGGCGGUGCUGAAUCAGAGGAUGAGGAAAGGGAUGCAGAAAGCUGUGGUGUAGGAGGGGCUCAUUCACGUGACUUGCCUCAAGAGCCCAGCUCACAUGGUCAUGCAGCGACAGCUGGCAUGUUGGCCGAUGACGUGGCGCCACCUGGCAGUCCGACACGCGGCGAAGGGACCACUGGCAGGCUGACACGUGGCAAGUCCGUUUGGACGCUGGAGGCGUUUCUGGGAAGGAAGGUGGAGCCUAGGGGGUCCUUGAGAAAACCAGAGGUGGGAGUGGGAGAGGUGAGAGAAGCAGCAGAGGGUAGGAUACCGGAGCUGCCUCUCUUGCGGGAGGGGACUAUAACGAGUGCAACAGAUGCCAGUUCGAGGCAAGCCAGCCGGCUCUCCCCCGUGAGGGGGCAGCAACGGAGCAGCCGCUCUCCUAAAGCUGCUCCUCAAGGCAAGCAGAACCAGCAGCAGCUACUUCGACCCACCCAACAGAGCAUUUGCCCUCGCAGCCACCAGGCCAGUCAACCAGGAAUCCGCGUUUUCCCUGGGAGAGCACCUGGCAGUGCCUCCUGCUCUUCCGAUCCCUUUCGGCUUGCCACCGCAUCACAUCCCAUCCCACCGUCUGCUCGUCCUUCUGCUGAUCCGCCUGCUUCUCUCUCUGCGCAUCCUCCUGCCACCAUACCUGCUGCUCCUUCCUCUGUCCCCGCUGCUACAGCCACUGCUGCCGCCCUUGUCCCCACCCAUACCACCCACGCCCCUGCUCCCUCCCACCCGCUCUCUCCCCACCACCACACUCCCCCCCGCAUGCCUGCUGCCCACACACCCCCAAACGCAAGCUGUCCACCCAGGGGUACUUGCCUGCCAGGUGCAGCUCACACACCCCCUAGGGCAGCACCUAAUGCGAACCAGAAAGCACCUGCACGCACACCCCCCAGAGAAUACUUAGACGGGAACCCAAAAGCAGCAUUUCGCACCCCCACCAAGGCGGUGUUUGAUGUGAAUCAGAAGGCAGUGUUGGUUGCCCGCACGCCGCCCAGGGCAGCGUUUGCGAGUCCCAGUGGAGGGUGUGCGUGCGCUAUCUGCCAGGAGGACACUCCUGCCUCGAGGAUCGGUGUGCUGCCCUGCAUGCACGCCUUCUGCUACAAAUGCAUUCACAAGUGGGCUGAGAGUGCGGCCACAGCCAUUCCGUGCUGUCCCCUUUGUAAGGAGCCCUUUGAGUUCAUUACAGUGCGCAACAAGAGGGCCAGCAGGGAAGCAGCUGCAGCUGCCAAGCGCACCAGUCUCCCUACUGCCCCGUCCGCUGAUGCUGCUGCUGCUGAUGCUGCUGCUGCUGCUGCUGCUGCUGGUCCUGUGGGUGAAGAUGGUGAUAAUGAGGGGGAUGGGGAGGACGAGCGCAUUGUGAUGGUGCCAACCCGCAAGAGAAGGGCCCCCACUGAUGAGUCGCCACUCGAUACGAUGGUGUGCUGUGUGUGCCAGUCAGGCGCCAUGGAGGAUCUGCUGCUGCUCUGUGACGGUUGCAACCACCUGCCUCCCCUCGCCACUCCCUGCCAACAUUUCCACUCUUCCCCUGUUACCCCUGCUCUCUCCCCGAUCCUCCCCCUGCCCCCCAGACGAUGGAGCCUUGCUUCUGCCCUGCUUGCACUGAGAGGAGGUGAGGGCUGUGCACGUAGUCCCCAAAUUAAAGGGAUUACAGUGCCUACAGAUUAA